UCCAAGUAUUUGGGUGCUCCCCCUACAAAACGACACCGCGAAGGGCAAUAAUUUGGCCUCCAUGUAGCAGCUGGUGGAAGACUAGUUCUCGCCAUCCCAGCGACACCCAAGUCACGAGCACAAGCAUAAGUGGCAAGCCGGCAAUGUCGCCAUAGCUGGGCUUGGAAGCAUCGUUGGCACACGCCAAUGGAAGACCACCACUAUUUCUACCUCGCCUUGGCCCUGGUGUCGUUGCUCGUCGUGAUAGCUAAGCGCCGCUGCGGCCCGGCGCACGGUCAUGGCCUGCGGCUGCCGCCGGGGCCGUGGCAGCUGCCGAUCAUCGGCAGCAUGCACCACCUCGCGGGCCAGCUCCCGCACCGCGCGAUGCGGGACCUGGCGCGGCACCACGGGCCGGUGAUGCUGCUCCGGAUCGGGGAGGUGCCCACGCUGGUGGUCACGUCCCGGGAGGCGGCGCGCGAGGUGAUGAAGACGCACGACACCGCGUUCGCGUCGCGGCCGCUGAGCGCCACCGUGCGCGUGCUCACCAGCGGCGGCCGGGACAUCAUCUUCGCGCCGUACGGGGAGCACUGGCGUCAGCUCCGGAAGAUCGCCAUCACGGAGCUCCUCAGCGCGCGGCGGGUGCUGUCGUUCCGCGCCAUCCGCGAGGAGGAGGUCGGCGCGAUGCUGCGCGCGUGCGCCGCGGCGGCGGCGGCCGCGGCGCCCAUCGAGAUGCGCGCGCGGCUGUCCGCGCUCGUGGCCGACGCCACGGUGCGCGCCGUGAUGGGCGACCGGUGCAGGGACCGCGACGUGUUCCUGCGGGAGCUCGACCGCUCCAUCGAGCUCUCGGCGGGGUUCAACCCGGCGGACCUGUGGCCGUCCUCCCGCCUCGUCGGCUGGCUCAGCGGCGCCGUGCGGCGCGCCGAGGAGUGCCGCGACACGGUGUACGGGAUCCUAGACGGCAUCAUCAAGGAGCACCUGGAGGUGAUUGACAGAGGCGGCGGAGCCGGCGAGGCCGAGGACCUCCUCGACGUGCUGCUGAAGAUACAGAAGGAUGGAAUCCUACAAAUCCCGCUCGACAUGGACGUGCUUAAAGCCGUCAUCUUUGAUAUCUUCGGCGCCGGCAGCGAGACGUCGGCGACGACGCUGGAGUGGGCCAUGGCGGAGCUCGUCCGGAACCCCAAGGCGAUGCGGCGGGCGACGGCCGAGGUGCGCGGUGCCUUCGGCGCGCGCGGCGCGGUGGCCGAGCACGCGCUCGGCGAGCUCCGGUACCUGCACCUCGUCAUCCGGGAGACGUUCCGGCUGCACACGCCGCUGCCGCUGCUGCUCCCGCGGCAGUGCCAGGAGGCCCGCCGCGUGCUCGGCUACGACGUGCCCCGGGGCGCCACCGUGCUGGUGAACGUCUGGGCGCUGGGCCGCGACGAGCGGUACUGGCCCGGCGACCCCGAGGCGUUCCGGCCGGAGCGGUUCGAGGCCGGCGAGGCCGGCGCGGUGGAGUUCAAGGGCGCCGACUUCGAGCUCCUGCCCUUCGGCGCCGGGCGGAGGAUGUGUCCCGGGAUGUCGUUUGGGCUCGCCAACGUCGAGCUCGCGCUCGCCAGCCUGCUCUUCCACUUCGACUGGGAGGCGCCCGGCGUGGCCGACCCCGCGGAGUUCGACAUGGCCGAGGCGUUCGGCAUCACCGCGAGGCGGAAGGCCAACCUCCUCCUCCGCCCCAUCCUCCGCGUGCCCGUUCCCGGCGCCUAGCGCCGUCGCCGGCGAGCCUAUGGAUUAAUUUCUCGUCACUUGUGUCACUGUGUCAGUGUUCUCCUGCCGAUGGUCUGCAGGAGCGGUGUCUGUUUGCCAUGGCCCGCCGGCUCUAUAACCUAUCGGUGCAAGACCGAUAUAGGUCCAAGCCCAUCUAGAUAAUGAAUGGGCCGAUUUACUUAAAUAUGGGCUUUUAAAUCAUAGGAGCAAGACCGGCGGCGGUAGGAGAGUCCAAUGUAUCGUGGACCUGUCCCAACUCGGCGUGGAAUUGAAUUUGUUUCAGGCUUGGCCCGUAUGGGCCUCUGACUAG